AUGUCUGGAUCACGUGCCAUCAAGCGUCAGGAGCUCGUUUGGCUAAGCGGCACAACAUUCGGAAGCCGUUUCGUGCAACGACGGGGUACUGGUGCGGAGAUUUGGGAUGAGACCGAACGGGACGAAGGUGGUUGGGAAUUAAACAGAGAGGAAGGGGCUGUCAAGCAAGAUACCCCGGUAUGGAAACGCCCAAGAAUGAAGCGGAACGGUGGCACACGCGCAGAUUGGACGCUGGAUGCAACCGUCGCACUAGGAUCCUGGUGCCCAUCUGCUGAUCGUAGUACAAGUAUUGAGUGCUUUGCCCUACUUGCCCAGCCUGUGCAGCCUGCAGGAGCAACAAUGGAGGAAUAG